AGGUCGUGGAAGACAAAAGGGUGCUAGGAGUAUUGGCAGGAGAAUGUCUCAGAACAGAAAAAUUAAGGAAGGAAAGCCAAAAGCAAACAUUCUAGGAUAUCAUAACAAGAAACUUCUUGAAAUCGUCAACCGAAAUGAUCAUUUUCAGAAUUGUGGAUCAUGAACCACAGAUAGACUUAACUCAACAAGGAAGAAGAACAGUUGGAUUUCCAGUGGCCAAAGAGGCAUCAGGUUUUCAACAGCCAGGCCAAAGAGCCAGUCUCGGAACAAGAUCAUGAAGAGGCCGAUGACUUCUAGAAAUACACACUUUGAAACUAUGAAAUCUGCUACCAUCGACCAUUUUCAAAAGAAUUUGUCUCCUUUUGGGGAAGUUAAUGCUGAGCCUAAUCUUGAGUACUUGAACACAGAUGUGCGAUCUAAGGGAGGAGAGACUGCAGAAACAGCUUGGAACAGAGGAUACUAUCUUAGCACUUCUAUAGAGGGAGCCCAGUACAAUUUCAAUGCGUUUAGAACUCAGAAUCAAAAGAGAGCUCAGCCAAUGUCACCUACUUCUAAAGCAAUGGAGCUUGAGUCAAACCCUACAGGCAGAGAAAGGAACAUUAACAGUUAUGUAAACUACGAGUUGCCUAAAGCAGACCAAGAUAUGCUCGAGCGAGAUAGCACUUGGAGACAGAGUCAGCAGCUCGGAGAAUUUAAGAAUGGGAAAGCAAAUUUUGGUUCACAGAGAAAACCGGAGGAAUCUGUCGCUCCACCUCAGAAUGAAAGCAUUGGUCAGGUCAUAAACCCAUGUCCUCUGCACAAUAACCAAGAGAUUGAGUACUUAGACAAGACUGAGAAGAGAGGACUUUGUAAAGAUUGUGUAAAGGAUGCAAUCGAAUCGCAUCAUGAGAUUCUGAAUGUCCCUGAUGUAAAAAGUGAUGUAAAUUCACUUCUAGUUCAACUAGAGUCAAACACCUCUCAAAUGCUUGCUAAGAAGACUGAAGCUAUGCAGGUAAACAGGCAGAAGUUGCAGAGGAUAGAAACUGACAGGAAAGGAUUCAUUGCUGAGCAGCAGAGAAAGAUCAACGAACUUCAUAACUAUCUUGAUGAGAAACUUCGGUGCAUCGUAGCUGAAUACAACAAAGCUGUAGAGCCAGAUGUGAUCAAAGUGAAGAACAAUCUUGAUAGAUGUGAGGAGAAAGCACAAGAGCACAAGAUUUUCAUUUCUGAGAUUCAGAACAUGAGACAGACCUUUGACAAGAGGGCUAUUCCUAACUUCAUCGAUAAUGUGAGGAAAUCUGCAAAUAUGCUGAAUUAUUACAACCAUUUGAAGACAGUGAACUCUACUGAGACGCAUACAAUGGUAUAUCCAACCCAUAAGGAAGAUUACCACCCAGUUUUCGAUUUGGAUAUUAAUAAAGAGGUUGAAAUAUUAGCAAACAAGUUUAGAAUUUUAUCCACUCCUGGUGUUACAUCUCAACAAAGUUAUAAGAGAGAAGAUUAUGAAGAAGAAUAUGGCAAUGAGGAAAAGAAGCAUGGGUUCCCUCAAGCUCAGCCUACACAGCAUAAUGUGGGAGCCACACCUACUCAGAAUGCAGGAGCACCUUUGAACCAGGAGAAAGAAGCAUUGAGGACUGAAGAGAGACCUCAGCUGUUUAAGAGCGCAGAUCCUGUAUUUGGGCCAGAUGGGGGCCAAGGCGAGGCUAAUUUUCAGACCAUGGACAACAAGCUGGUCUCAGUAAUGUCUCCUAUCAGGAAGAAAUUAAGAAUAGUAAGAUGGCUCAGCACGAAGAUUGGAGAAUAUGAUAUUGAGAAUGACUUUUGGAACUCAGUUAAUGCUCAAAUCAAGAAGCCCUUCUUGCCCUUUUCAAGAACGGUGUAUUUACCCAACCAGGAUAUGAUUGUGAUGGGUGGGCUCAAUGAUGAGAUUCCAAAUAAGCCAACUUUUAGCUCACUGGUUUUGAAGAUAACUGAGGUCCCUGUUAAUGUAUACGACAGUCUGUAUGUCACAAAGCAAAUGAACAACAUGAUUAUCAAGAGAGGAUGCUUUACCGGGCUUUACCAAUAUGGCUUCGUCUUUGCAUUUGGAGGACUGAAUUACACUCAUAAGGUGCUUAGAUAUUGUGAAAAGUAUGAUGUGGAGAACGACCAAUGGGAGGAAAUAGCCCCAAUGGUAGAGCCAAGGAAAAACGCAUCAUCCUGCGCAUUGACUUCUGAUACAAUUUAUGUCUUUGGAGGCUCUAGCUGCCAGUCAGAAGUAUCAGACAAAGGUUCCAAUGCUUCAGAUUCCAUCGAACAAUACUGUAUUUCAACUGAUACAUGGACACUUUUGAAAAUUAGACUCGACUCAAAGAUCUCAUUUCAAGUGAGUUUCAAGCUAUCAGAGACAAGAAUAAUCUUACUGGGAGGAAGCAUCAAGCAAAACAGUAAGAAAUCAGACACAUACAAGAGCAACCAAGUGCUUGUAUUUGAUGCGAUGGAGCCAAGUAUCAAAAAGUGCAACAACUUAGCCAAGGACGUACUAAGCUUAUACCCACCUUUCUACGAUGAUGGAAAUCUGUACUUAGUAGACGAAGAUGAAUCAAGUGAGAAUCCAUUAGUGGUGAGGUACAACAUCAGCAAUCUGAUUAGAUAAUUCAUGCAAAUUCAACAUUCA